GGUCACGAUUUGGAUAUCUGUCGUUUUUAGACGGAGAAUAAAAGUCGGCCAAUUAAAGGAAUUUUUCGUCAAAGUGAUUUUAAUGACACGUGAAAAAAAAAUGGCGUGCAACGUUAUUAAAUAUUGCAGUCUGCUGGGGGAAUCAAGUUUUUCAGAGAUGGUUGUGCAGAGGCACUUAUCACGAAAACCGGUGCUAUUAUAUAUCCAUGUUGACGAACGAGUUCUUCCAGUCUUAUGUGUCACUGCAGAGGAGGCAUCAGUUCAAACUCUUUUUUGAAUGAAAUUUGUCGGAAUGUAAGACAGGUCUCAGCUAUAACAUGUUUCAUUGAUAUUGUUCUUAUUUCUCUUGCAUGUAGAUGAGUUUCAACAGGUUUGCAUUGAGAGUUGAUGCUUUUUCCCAAGAGUUGCUGUUGAAUUAUUCCCCCGUCUCACCAACCUACUGGCACACAUUGGUUUCAUAUGCAGAUUGUUACACAAUUUCAAUCGCAAGCCAGAAUAUGCUGAUGGCAGGGGGUGAACCCAACGUACUGACCGAACCUGACCAGUUCACGAAAAAAAAUCUACAUACAAGUUGCUGCGCCAAUCGGUUCAAAGAUCACCUUAAACUCCUUAUCGUCAGUUUCCUGCUGUCAAAAUGUCGCCCCAGAUGUUUCGGUUCCGCAGAAGGGGGCUAAUAAAAAACAUUAGCAAAGUGAAAUCUGGCACUCAGACAGCACCACCAGCUUUUCGGGAUCGAAAACAACAAACAAACAGAAUAAAUAGGAGAAUCAUAUCGUUUUCGUCAAAAACCCAGCACACUUGUUGGCGGUGGGGACAUCGAGUAUGAAACGGGAGCCUCUGAUCCAGCUGUACCCAAGUGACCUUUGAUGGCCCCUUUUAUUUCUUAUUUUCCAGUUUAAACUGUGCUGUGUCUCAUCUCGGUGAAUGAGUCUAUCGCCAUGGUAUCAAUAACGAUCAACAGGAGUGUCAAUCCUGUCCUUGAGGAACUCUCUUGUUGUAAUCAUUUGGGUACAAGUUAACAGAUCAAGGGGGGUCAAUCUAUGUACAUGAUGCAGUUGGCAACUUAUUUGAUUCGGGGAAAAAGAGAUGGCCAGUCUUUUUCGCCGUCCCAUCUUGACAGAACCUGUCCAUUCAGGCCUUUUCUUUUCCCUUUUAUUUCAAAUCCUCCUCUCCCCCUUUCCCACCCAUUCGUCACCUCCCACUAUCCCCCAUCUGACUUGCCCAGCUGUGUGUGCGUGUGUGUGUAUAUAUAUGCGCUUCAUCAGCUGGGCUACUGCUACCCCCCAGUCGACGGCCGAUCGCCCAGCCAAUUGGACGUGCCCCCUUUUGUCUCUCUCUCCUUUUUUAUUUUUGUUAUUUUUGAAAAAUCAAAUUGAAAAUAAUCGGAAAAUAUUUUUCAGUGAUGAACUUCAGUGUGUUUAGCUCUUAAUUAAAAAACAUUUGGAAAGAAAACAAACUUAUUGGUUUGGAAAAUGCUGAUGAGGCGUCAUCACCAUCCGGAAUCGCCGGAUUACUAUUCGUCGCUGGCAGCGGCCUCCGCCGGAGUCACAAGUCCGUCGUUGUCACUGGGGAUCAUCUCGUCAUCGCUAGAGAAAAUGCCACUGGAAUUGAGAUUGAGGAGAUCGGAUGACCUGCUGAGACUGGCGGCGUCUGGACGACGGGAGCGGGCCGGCGCACUCGACGAGGAGCUGUCGCCCAAGACGGAAUGCAGUGAGGACAGCGUCGAAAUCCGAUCGACACCCAUGCGGAUUCAUCACCGCAAGCCUCAAAUCAUUUUACGACCCAACGCCGUUUUGGCCUCUCCUCUGCACUCGUCCUCGUUAAAACGGCCCAGCAGCGGCAGCAGCACCUACCCACCCAAUAAAAUGUCGAACUGGAUGGAUUCCGAACAGCCGGAUGAGAAGAGAAUGCGGCUAAUGGCGGGCCAGCAGCAGCAGCAGCCGCCACCUUUGACACAUUUUUAUCAUCCGGCAUCUGCUCAACAUCAAAAUGUUCUCAAAUUAGCCGGCCAGCAGCAGCAUCAGCAUCCGCACGAAUUGCUACUCCUGGAAGCUGAGAGGAACCGGCUGUUCCAUCAUUGGAUGAGACCCAACAAUUGGCCGUUUCCGCACGUUCACCCGGCGGCCGAAUCUUCGGCCGCCCACCACCUCAUGACGUCGGCACUUCAUUACCACUACCCUCACCUGCUCCAGCAACAACAACAACAACAUCAUCAACAUCAGGGCCACAACUACAAUUUACCUCCGCAUCCGUUCCUGCAUCCGUCGUCGCCGGCCUCUGCGGCGGCGGCGACUGCCUCCAUUUUCAAUUUGUCUUACGGCCAUUUGUUACCUCAUCCGAUUUUUCAUCAUCAAAGGCCGGCGGCGUUUUUCUCGACCCCGCCAUCCGGCGGAAUCGGCAAAACUCUUCCGCCGCUCUCGCCCAUCUGCGCUCGAUCCGUCACCCCGCCACCGCCUCCGCCUUCAAUACUUGGACCACUUCCUCCGCUGAUUCCGGUUGGCGGAUCCCAGUCUCCCCGUCACAUUGGGCAGCCGCCGCUGCCUCCGCCGGAUUUCAAUCACAAGAAAAUACCAAACGCUUCCGGCGAAUCUUCUUCUCCAUCGGCGACGUCAUUGACGAUCGGCAAGAAGACCAACAAAAAAUCGGCCAUCCAUCCAGCCGGAAGGACUAGCCAAACAUCCAAAGAGUCGAGAAAACAUCCGAGCGAUUCCGGAUACGACCGCAAAUCCUCCAGCAAAACGGCUGACGUCGUCGUCACCGUCAAGCCUCCGGUUCUUCCGCUUUUCCUCAGCGUCGAGACGCUGUUGAGCCGUGAAAAACCGGCGCCGGCGGAAAAAAUCCGGCCGGAAGAAAGAUUCCGCCAUGCGGAAUCGGAGGAAGAAGAGGAGAUGGAAGAAGAAGAGAUGCACUGGAGGAGCUCGUCGUCGGCAUUCAGGGACGGGCCGGACGGUUUCCAGCCGUCGGCUGCGUCUGGAGGAGCCUCGAUGGCCGGCAGUGCAAGUCACAGGAAUUACAAGAACAUGACGCGAGAGAGGCGGAUGCAGGCCAAUGCCCGCGAGCGGACCCGGGUGCACACCAUCAGCUCGGCGUUCGAGGCCCUGCGGCGGGCCGUCCCUUCAUUUUCGCACGGCCAACGCCUUUCGAAAUUGUCCAUUUUGCGGGUGGCGUCCGCCUACAUCGCCGCCCUGGGCCAAUUGGCCGGCGAUGAAGACUCGACGCAAGAAUCCAGCGCUCAAAUAACAAGAGACGAGGAAAAGGACCAUCAGACAACAACAACAACGGCAACAACAACCACUGGCCGUCGCCAAUUAGCCGAGUGCGUCGACCGUUGCACCCGCACUCUAAUGACAGAAGGUCAACUCCUCCGCCGGAAUAGGAAGCGAUCGGGCGUGGCCAACGGCCGACAGCCCAGCGACGACGAAGACGAUUGAAAUUCAAUUUUUUCUGCAAAAAUAAUAAUAAUUUUUCUUGUACAUAAUGUCGAUACACACACACACAAAAAUUCAGAAUUUAAAUAAAUAUUAUAUUGAAAUUAAUAUUUUAUUUCUCGACCUGUCAAAUUGAUAAAUUUGUUAGACGUCAAAAUCGGACGGCGUUAUUUCCUUUUUUAUUUUUAUUUUGUUGUUGUUGAUUAAAAAAUUUUUGUUUC